ACGAUGAUGACCACCGAGUCCGGGGCGUGCUGCUUGAUCUGCUCGGAGACGCUCUUGACGAUCUUGACGUUGGUCUGGAUGAGGUCGUCGCGGCUCAUCCCGGGCUUGCGGGGGAGUCCGGCGGUGACGAUGACGACGUCCGAGCCCUGGAUGUCCUUGUAGUCGCUCGUGCCCUUGAUCGCGGAGUCGAAUCGCUCGAUCGGCGAGCAGCAGGCGAGGUCGAUCGCCUUGCCCUGGGCGACGCCCUCUUUGUCCGGGAUGUCCAGGAGGACGAUAUCGCCCAGCUCCUUGGCGGCGGCCCACAUGGCGCAGGAGGCCCCGACAUUGCCAGCACCGAUGACAGCGAUCUUCGCGCGACGCAUGGGAAAUACCCUUUCAGGAUGCGGGCGACGGGCGGUAGGAUCGGGGGCGUGACCCAGACCGCCGACCGUUUUUCCGCCUUCGGGACGACCAUCUUCGCCGAGAUCAGCGCGCUCGCGCUCGAGCACGGGGCGAUCAACCUCGGCCAGGGCUUCCCGGACUUCGACGGGCCCGAGCACGUCAAGGCCGCCGCGACGCGCGCGAUGGCCGACGGGCACAACCAGUACGCGCCCCUGCCCGGGGUCCCCGAGCUGCGGGGGGCGAUCGCGCGGAGCUUCGGCGAGCGGUUCGGCGUGAGCGUCGACCCGGCGCGCGAGGUGACCGUGACGUGCGGGUGCACGGAGGCGAUCGCCGCGACGCUGUCGGGGCUCGUGAACCCGGGCGACGAGGUCGUGCUCUUCGAGCCGUUCUACGACUCGUACCGCGCGUGCGUCUCGCUCGCGGGCGCGACGGCGCGGUUCGUCACGCUCCGCGCGGACGCGAACGGGCGCUUCACGUUCGACCCGGGCGAGCUCCGCGCCGCGUUCAACGAGAAGACCCGCGCCGUGCUCGUGAACACGCCGCACAACCCGACCGGCGUGGUCUUCUCGCGCGAGGAGCUGCGCUCGAUCGCGGACCUGUGCAUCGAGCACGACGCGAUCGCGAUCUCCGACGAGGUGUACGAGCACAUCGUCAUGGAGGGCGAGCACGUGCCCAUCGCGACGCUCGACGGCAUGCGCGAUCGCACGGUCACCCUCUCGAGCUUCGGCAAGACCUUCAGCAUGACCGGGUGGAAGAUCGGGUGGGCGAUCGCCCCGCCGGCGCUCACCUCGGGGGUGCGCUCGGCGCACCAGUUCCUCACGUUCGCGAUCGCGACGCCGCUGCAGCACGCCGCGGCCGAGGCUCUGGCGUCCCCGCCGUCGUACUUCGAGGAUCUCCGGGCGGGCUACCGCGAGCGUCGCGACCUGCUCGUGGGGGCGCUCCGCGAGAUCGGGUUCUCGUGCGCGCGGACGACGUCGCGUUCGUGA